GCUGCGGCUGGAGACGGAGGAGCGGGUGGUGGUGGAGGCCCCGGGGUUGACGUCCCCCACCGAGGUCAACAUCUUCGUCCAGGACUUUCCCCUCAAGCGUCAAAUCAUCCACCAGACCCGCCUCCCCCUCACCCCCGCCAGGGGCAUGUUGGCCACCGGCACCAUCAAGGUGUCGGCCAAGUUCAUGCAGCAGGCCACAGAGAAGAAGCAGUUUGUGACGGUGACGGCGCGGGUGGGCCAGGUGACCCUGGAGAAGGUGCUGCUGGUGUCACUCCAGAGUGGCCACAUCUUUGUCCAGACGGACAAGCCCAUCUACACCCCUGGCUCCACCGUAUGGGGACGUGGACCAUCCAGGCCAAAUUCGAAGACUCACCAGAACAGGUCUUCAGCGCCCAGUUUGAAGUCAAGGAGUACGUCCCCUGGCCCCACUGCCACCCCUGUCCCCAUCUCUGUCCCCAUGGCUGUCCCCUGGCCCCACACCCUCAUCCUGGUCCCCAUCCCUGUCCCCAUGGUUGUCCCUUGGCUCCAUGUCCUCAUCCUGGUCCCCACGGUUGUCCUCUGGCCCCACACCCUCAUCCCUAUCCCCAUGUCCCCAUCCUGGUCCCCAUGGUUGUCCCCUGGCCCCACUCCCAUCCCAGCCCCCGCAGUUGUCCCCACGGUUGUCCCCUGUCCCACCAACUCCGUGCCGCAGGUGACCGAUGGGGACGGGGAGGCCGUGCUGUCCAUGGCCACCCUGCGGCAGCGAUUUGUCAACCCCGAGGAGCUGGUGGGACACUCGCUUUACGUCUCCGUCACCGUCAUCACCGAGUCAGGCAGUGACAUGGUGGAGGCCCAGCGUGGUGACAUCAGCAUCGUGACGUCCCCCUACACCAUCCACUUCACCCGCACCCCCAAGUACUUCAAGCCGGGGAUGCCCUUUGACCUGAUGGUCUACGUCACCAACCCGGACAAGUCCCCAGCUCCUCGUGUCGCCAUCAAGGCCGAUGGCUUCCAGGGGUUGGUCACCACCCAACGCGAUGGCACGGCCAAGCUGGUCCUCAACAUGCCGGCCAACAAGGACAGUGUCCCCAUCACCGUGCGGACGGACCAACCGGGGCUCCCCCGUGAACGUCAAGCCAAGCUGGACAUGGUGGCCAAAGCUUACGGUAGCCAAAACAACUCGGGCAACUUCCUCCACCUGGCCGUGGGGGCCACCGAGCUCCAGCCUGGUGACAACCUCCCCAUCAACUUCCACCUCAAGAGCAACGACGCCAACGUCCGCAACUCCGUCCCCUACUUCACCUACCUGAUCAUGAGCAAGGGGCGCAUCGUCCACGUUGGCCGACAGCGGCACGAAGCCGGCCAGAGCUUGGUGACCAUGUCGCUGCCGGUGACGGCCCAGCUCAUCCCCUCCUUCCGCAUCGUGGCCUACUACCACGUGCUGCCGAGAGAGAUCGUGGCCGACUCCGUCUGGGUGGACGUCAAGGACACUUGCAUGGGGACCCUGGUGGUGAAGGGGGCGACGGAGGCCGACAACCGGGUGCUAGAGCCAGGGACCUCCAUGAAGCUGCGCAUCGAGGGCGACUACAACGCCCACGUGGGCUUGGUGGCCGUGGACAAGGGCGUCUUCGUCCUCAACAAGAAGCACAAGCUCACCCAGUCCAAGGUUUGGGACACGGUGGAGAAGAGUGACAUCGGCUGCACCGCGGGCAGCGGGAAGGACAACGUGGGGGUCUUUGCAGAUGCUGGUCUCAGCCUGGCCACCAACGUGAAGAUCAGCACGCCCCAGCGAGGAGAUGUCCAGUGUCCCAAACCCGCGAAACGCAAGCGCCGGUCCCUGCAGCUUGUGGAGUUCAAAGGCACCAAAGCGGCCGAGUACACGGACAAGGCCCUACGCAAGUGCUGUGAGGACGGCAUGAAGGAGAACCCCAUGGGCCACAGCUGCGAGAAGAGGACCACCUACAUCCAGGAAGGAGAAGGUUGUGUCCGGGCCUUCCUCGACUGCUGCAACUACAUCAAGGGCAUCCGCGACCAGAGGCUGCGCGAGUUCCACCUCGAGCUGGCCCGAAGCGACGACAACGAUGAUUUCCUGGCUGAGGAGGACAUCACCUCCAGGAGCCUCUUCCCGGAGAGCUGGCUGUGGCAGGUGGAGCGGCUGACGGAGAAGCCCAAUGAUCUGAACAUCUCCACGAAGACUCUCCCUGUGUUCCUGAAGGACUCUAUCACCACCUGGGAGGUCCUGGCCGUCAGCCUCUCACCGAACAAGGGUCUGUGUGUGGCCGACCCCUACGAGAUCACGGUGAUGAAGGAUUUCUUCAUCGACCUGCGCCUGCCCUACUCCGUGGUGAGGAACGAGCAGGUGGAGAUCCGCGCCGUCCUCUACAACUACUGGACUCACGACAUCACGGUGCGGGUGGAGCUGAUGCACAACCCAGCCCUCUGCAGCGCCUCCACCUCCAAGGCGCGCUACCAGCAGAUCAUCAAGCUGAAGGCCCAGUCCUCCUGGGCUGUCCCCUUUGUCAUCGUCCCCUUGCACCUGGGGCUCCACGACGUGGAGGUCAAGGCCGCUGUCCGGGGCAGCUUCAUGUUUGACGGGGUCAAGAAGAAGCUCAAAGUUGUGCCCGAAGGGAUGAGGUUGGAGAAGACAGUGAAGAUCGUUGAGCUGGACCCGAAGACGAAGGGAGUCAAUGGUGUCCAGGAGGAGAAGGUGAGGGCAGCUGACCUCUCAGACAUUGUCCCCAACACCGAGUCAGAGACCAGAGUCAGCAUCCAAGGCAACCCCGUGGCCAUCCUGGUGGAGAAAGCUGUCGACGGGGCCAAGCUGAAGCACCUCAUCACGACACCGUCGGGUUGUGGGGAGCAGAACAUGAUCGCUCUGACCCCCACCGUCAUCGCCACCCACUACCUGGACACCACCGGCCAGUGGGAGAGCUUCGGUGUUGACCGUCGCGCUGAGGCCAUCGAAUUGAUCAAAAAAGGUUAUACCCAACAACUUGCUUUCCGGAAACCUGACAGCUCCUUCGCUGCCUUCCUGGGGCGUCCAUCAAGCACCUGGUUGACGGCCUACGUGGCCAAAGUCUUCGCCAUGGCCAUCAAGCUGGUGGACAUCGAGCGCGAGGUGAUUUGUGGCGCCGUCAAAUGGCUCAUCCUGGAGAAGCAGAAGCCGGAUGGGAUCUUCCAAGAAGAUGGUCCCGUCAUCCAUAAGGAGAUGCUGGGAGGUUACGUGGGCGCCGAGCCCGAGGUGUCCCUCACCUCCUUUGUCCUCGUGGCCCUGCUGGAGUCACGGCAGAUCUGCAAGGACCACGUCAACAGCUUGGAAGGGAGCAUCACCAAAGCCAGCGACUACCUCGCCCGGAGGUACCAAUCGUUGAAACGCCCCUACACGGUGGCCCUGACCUCCUACGCCCUGGCCCUGGCAAGGAAACUCAACAGCGAGAAAGUUCUCAUGAAGUUCUCCAAAGGGGGUAAAAGCUGGGAGGAACGCAACUCCCGCACCUACAACAUCGAGGGGACGUCCUACGCCCUGCUGGCCUUGCUGCAGAUGGAGAAGGCGGAGCUGGCCGGGUCGGUGGCCCGCUGGCUCGCCCAGCAGAACUACUUCGGUGGCGGCUACGGAUCCACUCAGGCCACCAUCCUGGUGUUCCAAGCCUUGGCCCAGUACCAGGAGGUCGCUCCCCGGCAGCAGGAGCUCAACCUGGACGUGUCGGUGCUGCUGCCCCGUCGGGCCAGCGCCAUCACCUACCGCAUCGAGAACCGCAACGCCCUGGUGGCCCGCUCCGCCGAGACCAAGCUGAACGAGGACUUCACGGUGAAGGCCGAGGGCAAGGGCCGGGGGACCAUGACGGUGGUGACCAUCUACAACGCCAAGGUCCCCGACAAGGAGGACAAGUGUGACAACUUUGACCUGGAUGUGCAGGUGGAGGACGUGAAGAUUGGCAGGGAAGAGGAGGGCGUCUUCCGCUCCGUCAAGAUCACCAUCUGCGCCAGGUGGGACAGGCUGGGGACAUCGGGGACGUUGGGGACAUGGGGGACAUUGGAGAUGGGGAGAGGGAUACUGGGGACAGGGACAUCAGGGACAUUGAGGAUUGUUUCCCCGUGUCCCUAUGUCUCCUGGGUGUCCCCCACUGUCCCCCUGUGUCCCCACAACCCCCGGGUGUCACUAUAUCCCCACAUCCCCCCGUGUCCCUUGUCCCCUUGGUGUCCCCCGGUGUCCCCAUAUCCCCGCGUGUCCCCAUGUGUCACCAUGUCCCACCGUGUUCUGACGUGGCCGUGUUCCACCACCACCACCCCCCCCCGGCGUGUCCCACACCGCUCGGUGUCACCGUGUCCCUGUCACCAGCUCUCGGAGGGGGUGGACAGGUACAUCUCCAAGUUCGAGAUGGACCAAGCGCUGUCGGACCGCAGCAACCUGGUCAUCUACCUGGACAAGAUCUCCCACAAGGAGGAGGAGUGUUUCACCUUCAAGGCCCACCAGCGCUUCCAGGUGGGUCUCAUCCAACCCGCCGCCGUCACCGUCUACAGCUACUACAAGAUCGAUGACCGUUGCACCCGGUUCUACCAUCCGGACAAGAACAAGGGGCAACUGAGCAAGAUCUGCUCCGGGGACGUGUGUCGCUGCGCCGAAGAAAACUGCUUCACCUGGAAGAAGCAGAGCGUCCCCAUCACCGUCCACCAACGCAUCGAGCGCGCCUGCGAGCCAGGAGUCGACUACGUGUACAAGGUGAAGCUGGUGGCAGUGGAGCACUCGGGGUCACAUGACAACUACAUCAUGAACAUCCUCUCCGUCAUCAAGAUGGGCACCGACGAGGACCCAGCAGGAAGCAACCGGACCUUCGUGAGCCACCAGCAGUGCCGGGACGCCCUCAGGCUCCAGAAUGGCCAGGACUACCUGCUCUGGGGGCUGGCCACCGACCUGUGGGUCACCGGAGGCCGGGGGGACGGGGGACAUGGGGACAUGGGGGACACAAGGCCACGGAAGGAUAACGGGGGACAUAGGGUCAUGGGGGGGACCUGGGUGUACAAGGUGAAGCUGGUGGCAGUGGAGCACUCGGGGUCACAUGACAACUACAUCAUGAACAUCCUCUCCGUCAUCAAGAUGGGCACCGACGAGGACCCAGCAGGAAGCAACCGGACCUUCGUGAGCCACCAGCAGUGCCGGGACGCCCUCAGGCUCCAGAAUGGCCAGGACUACCUGCUCUGGGGGCUGGCCACCGACCUGUGGGUCACCGGAGGCCGCUUCUCCUACUUCCUGGGGAAGGACACGUGGCUGGAGGCCUGGCCCUCGGAGGUGGCCUGUCAGGAGCCCGACCACCAGCAGCUCUGCCAGGACUUCGCCGAGUUCACCGAGGCCAUGACCAUGUUCGGGUGUCCCUCCUGAGGGGGUCACACCCCCCAUCCCCCCCCCAGCACCCAG